AUGGCCUCUGUCCUCACCUCGGAACCCUCCCUCGUCUACUCCCGCCGGGUAGUCGAGGCCCGGGUACACAAAUACCACUGGCCCGCCGUCCAGCUCAACAUCUGGAUGCUCAUCAUGCUCAUAAGCGCCUGCACCAUCAUUGGCGUAUUUGCCACCUUUAUCGACAUCCAGCACACCCUUCUACUACCGGUACCGUGGUACUUCCCCUACUACAUAACCGUCGCCUCCCUCGCAGUCUUCUUCAUCCUCCUCCUCCUCUACCUUAUCUACCAGCGCCGCUUGCUCCCCUCCAUCGUCAUGAUAGGAGGUUUUAUUCUCUUUGUGCUGUGGUUGACGGGGUUGAUAGUGAUAUCAGUGCAGCUGUGGGGGCCGGACGGGAGCGUGAGUUCGGAGUGCAAUAUCCAGGUUUUUGGGGCUAGUCCGAUGCCCAAGGGGCAGACGCUGGAGACGUUGGCGUGGUUGGAGCAGAGGAGUAUUUGCCAGAGCUGGCAGGCGGUUUUUGCGUUUGGGCUGGUGGGGGCGGUGUUUUUGUUGUGGAUUAUGGUUAUUGCUUAUCAGGUUUUUGCGGAUGAUGCUGUUUGA